AUGUCAACAAUUAGCAUUCCUUCAUCUUACUUGCUCAAAGGUGCACGAUCAACAAAAUCCUAUGCCUUCACCAAAAAGCCUUCAUGUACUCUGGGUUCUUUGAAGAGCAUUUCCAAAACAUUUGGAUUGAAUUCUUUCUCCAAGUUCAAAGUCUCAACAAUGGCACUAUACAAGGUGAAAUUGAUAGAUCCUAAUGGUAUCGAAAACGAGAUUGAAGUACCCGAUGAUCGAUACAUUCUUGAUACUGCAGAAGAUGCAGGAAUGGAACUUCCAUACUCAUGCAGGGCUGGUACUUGUGGAACUUGUGCAAGACAGUUGAGUUCAGGAUCAGUAGAUCAAUCCGAAGGCUCGUUCCUCGAUGAAAGCCUAAUCGAAAAGGGGUACGUAUUGACUUGCAUUUCGUACCCAAGGGAAGAUUGUAUUGUUCAUACACACAAGCAAGACUUUAGCUGUGUUGCUCGGACUCUUCAAAAAUGUAGACGAGUGGAGUUAGAUCCUUCCAAAAUAGUAAAUUUUUUGGAAGAUCUGACACAGGUUGAUAACAUUUUUGGAGAGUUCAAGCGACAUAGGCUGCUUUUGGCUAGUAACUAA